AUGAAGAAAAUCUUCGCUGCUAUCUACGGUUUCGACAAUCACCCGCAACCUCAAGAACCCGCGUCACCUCCCUACAAAGUGCAAGACUCCCAUCCACUCAAGAUCAAAUCUGGAUUUUCCAAAGAGAUCAUUCCACUUGAUCGAGAAGUACUCUCGCUUGACAGCGACCAGCCAGAGAAACAGGAACUUCGACCGAUCUGUGCUGGCUGUGAUGCAGAACUAUUGAUGGGUCAAGACUCGUGUUCUGCAGGUUCACUAGAUGGUCGGAGACCCUGGAUCCUCGCUUGUGGUCACGUCGUCGAUUCUCGAUGCUUAGAACAGGCCAAGAUUCGUGCUCGUGAAAAUAAGGUCGAAAGUCACCAAUCUAAAAAAACUAGAGCCGCUGAACGAGUUUCAAAUCCGCCUUAUCACACCCGACCAGGCAGACCGUCAAAAGCCAACCAAGCCGCCGAAGGUUCAUCCAAACUAGCUCAUAACAACAACAAGCGCAGAAAAGUCUCUUCGGCUCAUUCAGCUCCCAAACCUCCAACCCCCAGCACUUCACCCUCAUCGACGUUGAGCGGCCAAGGGGUCUCUGACUCGGCCAUGAAGAGGAGAGAGAGAGCCGAGGCAAGAGAAGCACGAAAGUCGUUUGAAUUCUCCAAGCCUUCCACUUCAAGCCAAUUUUUAGAAUCCCUUCAAACCGUCCAUUCUCCUGGCAAGAGCUCGUCCAGCACCCUCCCAACAAACACCAGCAGUAGUAAGAACUGCAAAGGCAAAGGGAAAGCCAAAGAAGAGCCCAAUCCUCUUCCAAGCCCCGAAGACUUACUUUCAAUCACUAUCCCUCCAACUCCCACCCUUUUCGAUAAAUCUAGUACCAUCGGUAACCCUACCCUACCAACAGACUCUAAGCUCUCGACUAAACUACCCAAGGGCUCCUCUGCCUCUUUUGUUUCUUGGAUCAAAUGCCCUGUCAAGGGGUGUCGAGGUGCUAAGGGUGAUCUACUUGCUCCCCCUGGUUCGCAAAAUGCACCUUGGGAAAUGUUUGUUUGA